AUGUCUCAAUCUGGCGAGCCAUCACUGGGGCAGAUCGCGCAAAAGAUCCUCGAAGAUGCGCUUCAGAACAUCAUACACGAUAUCGUCAUCCACCGGCAUCGCGAACACAAGAUGCUCCUCGCCUCCCUCGACCCGCAGACGAAGCUGCCGCAUUGCGAGACAUGCAAUCAACCGCGACUCCUCGAUCCACCCCUGGCGCCCAAAGUCCGCGGCGCACCCUCAGACCCUCCCGCGAAUACGAAUUAUUGCGAUCGAAAACCAUGGUCCAGAAAGGCGGGUCAUGAUAUCUACGGGAAUCCUUUCCUCAAAUCAGAUGUAACAGGCCGGCCCUUGACGAAGAAAGAGCGAGAGGCGCAAAAGAACAGCAAGAAGGAAGAUGGCACGCCCGCGAGCGAGGAUGCGAACGCAGAAGGUACAGGUCCGCCGUCACCUACUGAAGAGAAUGAGAGCAAAGGAGGAGACAAGGGCAAGCUGGAGAAGGGCGAGAAGAAGGCGAGCAAGAUCGAUGAGAAGCUGAAGAAGGGAGAAUAUGUGCCCUGGCAUACUUGCCCAAGUUGCAAGCGCAGUCUGCUUAUCACGCGAUUUGCGAAACAUCUGGAACAGUGUAUGGGACUGAGUGGGCGGGCCGCCAGUAGGAAUGCCAUGGCCAAGAUGAACGGGACCCCGUCAGGCUCAAGAGGUGGCACACCGAACCCGAGCCAAGAAGGCAAGGACAACAAUAACAACGACAAUGAAGAGGAUGACCUCGCUGUCAAGGGUCCAGGAGGCGUUCGAAAGAAGCUGCUUAAGAAAGGGCUGAAGGACAAGGUGAAGAAGGAGAAGGCUGGUGGAGGGGCAAAUGGCAAGGUCCCCAAGAGCCUUGCAGCGAAACGUCCUCCGAAUGCUACGAACACGGGCAACGGUACAUCGAGAUCGUCACCGGCACCAUCUUCAGUCGGCGACGGGAAACGAGACCGCGAUGAGCUGGGAGAUGAUGAAGAAGACGAGAUACAUGUCAAGAAAAGGCAGAAGCUGCAGAGAGUGGGCAGCACAGCUAGCAUCCUCUCACAAAGCACUACUGCGCCGGACAUGGAGAGGCAGGAGAGCAACGACGGCAGCUUCGUCGGUGACGGGAGCAUUGUCGACGAUUGA